GGCGGAGUCUACGCGUUUUCUCGGCGUCCCGGAGAAUCUGGACCGAGCGGAUCCUGACGCAAAGACGCUGAUGCCAUUUAAGGGCAGCAGCCUGUGAGGACACGAGCGUCUGCAGCCAGCUGUGACUCGCACCGAGAACAGAGAACCGAGCCGAGACCAAGACGAGGAGGACGACGGACGAGGACGACGGACGAGGACGAGGAGGAGACCUGAACACCGAGCUGAUCUGGAGCGAGGACUUUCUCUCUGUCACUGUUCUUAGAGCAAAACCAGCGCUGCCACUGAGGCCCGACCUGCACAGCUGCCGAGGCCACAGCCGAGCGUCCCAUGUGGGGCCGGUCAGGGCGGAGAGGCUCUGACCCGCCAUGGAGCUCAAGGUGUGGGUGGAUGGAGUCCAGAGGGUCGUGUGCGGGGUCACCGACGCCACCACCUGUCAGGAAGUGGUCAUCGCGCUCGCCCAGGCCAUAGGUCGUACGGGCAGAUACACUCUGGUGGAGAAAUGGCGAGACACCGAGCGUCACCUGGCUCCUCACGAGAGUCCCGUGGCGUCCCUGAACACCUGGGGCCAGUACGCGGGCGACGUGCAGCUGAUCCUCCACCGCACCGGCCCGUCCCUCACCGAGCGCCCGCCGUCUGAGGGCCCCCCGCUGAGAGGCCCCGAGCGAGGCCUGCACCGCCAGAGCCUCCCGCCCCUCGCCAAGCUCCGCCACCCCAACGCCGACCACUCCCUGCGCCGCCGAGAGCCGCGCCGCAAGUCCCUGACCUUCACCGGAGCGCCCAGGAGUCUGAGGGACAUCCUGAGCGGCGUUCCCUUGAGCGAGGGCGACGCCAAACGGAGAUACCUGAACGGAAACGGGGGAAGUCACCAUCACCACACUGUCCCGGCGAUGGGCACGGCGUCUCCGAGCCUGUGGGCCUGUCGCAUGGAGGACCUGGUCAGGCUAGUUGGUCUUCAGCGAGAGACUCUGAACGUUCUCGAGAGGAAACUGGAGGCGUACGAGUCGGAGCUGCACGUCUGGGAUGAAGGCCGGAGAGCAGCGAGGGGCUCCGGGGACCUGUGCAACGGCGUGGGUCUGAUGGAGGAGAUCCUGCGACUGGAGAAACAUCUGAGGAAGAACGAGGUGGAGAUGGAGGAGGAGGAGUUCUGGGCGACGGAGCUGCAGAUCGAGCUGGAGAGCGAGCGGCAGCUGGAGGAGCGUCUGCAGGAGCUGCGCAUGCGUCUGCAGGGGUGUGAGCAGGAGAUCGAGGAGAAGCUCGCCAUGGUCCAGGGGGUGGAGUUGGGUCUGGAGGAGCAGCGGGUGCAGCGCGAGAGGCAGGAGACCCAGUGGGUGACGGCGGCCGAGGCUCGAGCUCACGUCCUCCGACUGAAGACGGAGCUCAAAGCCCAGGAGAGGCAGAGCGUGCAGCUGGAGGGCAGCGGGAGAGCUCUGGAACGCUCCAUCGGACAGAGCGGCAAAAAACUACAGGAAAUGCAGCAGGAGCUGGAGCAGCUGACGAAGGAGCUGAGACAAGUGAACCUGCAGCAGUUCAUCAGACAAACGGGCACCAAAGUGACGGUGCUGCCGGCCGAGCCCACGGAGGAGGACAGCGCCCCCAGCAGCCGAGGAAUAGAUCUUGUUCCUCUCACUGGUUCCCUGAAGCGGCCCCCGGGCUCCCAGCAUGCACCUGGACACCUGCGGGUCCUGCACAGCCCCCUGACCUCCGGCCUCAACCCGGAGGGGAUCUACGUGUGAGGGGCA